AUGCGUCUAUUGACUCUCUUCUUCCUUCUGCCUCUAGCGACAGCCAUUCCAAAGCUACCCCGCAAGCGCAUUAGUCAAGAUUCAUCGCAUACAUUCUUCUUUAAAGGACAUGACCUGAGCUCUCUGAAGACCCUCGAAGAUGUCGGAACCGUCUACAAAGAUACAACGCGCCAUAAUCAGACAAGACCCGCGGAUGAUAUCCUCGGAGAUGGGGGCAUGAAUACUGUCCGGUUGCGAAUAUGGGUAAAUCCAGAAGGUGGGACUAAUGGACUGGAAUAUAAUUUGGAGCUUGCCAAACGCUUCAAAAGUAAGGGAUUCAAAAUAUAUCUCGAUUUCCAUUUCUCAGAUUCAUGGGCGGACCCCCAAAAGCAACCUCCUCCCGCGGCAUGGCCUACCACCCUCGAGCCACUUGCUUCUACGCUCCGUGGAUAUGUUAAAGAUACCCUCAUAUCCUUCGAUAGAGCUGGGAUCGACCUUGCGAUAGUGGCACUUGGGAAUGAAAUUCGGCAUGGCAUUCUUUGGCCUAUUGGCCAUGCAGAUGUAGACGUUCAGCCAUGGCCCGCAACUAUUGCAAACUUCUCGAAUUUGGCAACCCUCUACAAGGCAGCAAGAGCCGGUGUCGACGAUGCCCUUUACGCGGGUGUAUCUAGGCCUCAGAUCAUGAUACAUAUAGAUGAUGGGUGGAAUAUAACAUUGCAGCAAAGGUGGUUCGGGGCAAUGGUUGCAAAUGGAAUUCGAACAUCCGAUUGGGAUGUGUUUGGCUUCUCGUUCUAUCCAUUCUAUGGAACAGCUGCUACCUUCGAUAACUUGAGAACGACCUUGAAUACUUUAGCUUGGGAGUACAAGAAGCCGAUCCAGGUCGUUGAAACGGACUUCCCAGCAAUAUGUAACGGAGAGUACAAUCCCAUUCCACAAUCGUCAGAGCCGGAAAUCCCGUACAGCAUUGAAGGGCAGACAAUAUGGACUCGGGAUGUGAUAAGUAUUGUGAAACAAAUACCGCUUGGGCUAGGACAAGGAGUCCAUUACUGGGAACCAGCUUGGCUGAAUAACAGUAACUUGGGAAGUGAUUGCAAUGAUGCUAUUCUCUUUUCUACUGAUUAUAGCAAUUAUCCUCAGAUGGUUGGAUACUCGAGAAGCUCGGUGGAUCUGUUUCAGGUGUAA